GACGCCGAGCAGUUCGGCGAGAACCAGACAGACGCGCUCCAGGAGAAGCUCAGGAACUUCUACGGCCUUGGAUGCAUUGAGAAGUUGAGGGCGCUGCAAGACGCUGAUGAGAAUAAGGAUACCGACGCCACAUCAGACGUUCGUGCUGCGAAGAGGGCGCAGCGCCUUCAGGAGGAAGAGGAGAUGUGGGAGGAGCUCAAGGCAGGCAACUUCGCGUUCGCGGCGCGGGGUGAGCGGAUGAGCAGCAAGUUCAACAGAGCACUGAUUGCGAGUAAGGAGCUCGCGGACGGCUACAAGGAGAAGAUCGGCCUCAUUGCCAAGGCCAAGUUCAGGGCCGACUGGGCAGAGCAGCAGUACCAGUUCUUCAAGAAGAACAAAAGCAAGACUGAAACGAACACGAAGAAGGAGAAGUUGAAGGGCAAGUACCUGGCGCUCAACAGGAUAUGCCACAAAGAGGGAGGUGGGUGCGACGGCAUGCGAGCUGCGACAUGCUACGCGGUCAACUGCAUCAUUCUGGGCAAGCAUUGGUGCAAGUUCGACCAGAUGACGAACGCGCUGAAGUUCUACUACGUCGAGCACGAGAUCAGCGACGAGUACACGACUGCAUGGACGUCCUUCGAGCAGUGGGCCAAUGAUGAUGGCCAGGUGGCAGCUGCGGCGCUCGAGGGCGGCGCUGGAGGCGCUGCGUCAUCGAUCGGCGACGCGCCCGUGGUGGUUGCCAAGCCAAAGGCGAAGCCCAAGCCCAAGGCGAAGCCCAAGGCAGGAGGAGCCACGACCCUCGCGGCGAAGCUGUGCGAGGCGGCCGCGGACGGCCCCGGCGAGGAGGAUGAGGAGGCGGCAGCAGAGGACGAGGAGCCACAGGCGCCAGCACCGCGCGAGGAGGGAGAGGAGCCAACGAAGCGCGAGAGGACGACUCUCGAGCUGUCGACUCUGGCCUUCAAGAAGCAGAAGAUGAUCUUCCGCGGGGUCAUGCAGCAGGCAGCGUCCACGGCCGCCCUCAUCGAGUCAUCGGGCGACUGGAAGUGGGCCAGGAACGAUGAGAACCAGGGUGUGAUGACUACGGCGAAGCACGCG